AACAUGAUGUCUUUAUCUGUUCAAUAGUUUUAAUCCAAUCAUGGAUGUUGUGAAGAUUUUAGUGCUAGUUUUCGUACUUGAAAGUGUUGGAGGCAUAAACAACAAAACUUGUUAUAAAAGUGAGGAGCCGAGAGUAUUGUCAAGAAGUAAAAGGUAUCUACUGUUUCCUGAAGGCAGCUCGUUUCAGUUGGUGUUCUGUCUGCAGACGACGGCCCUGAUCCCCAUAGCAGACAUCUUCCUGGUUGGCCAGACCGCGGCGCUGGCGUGGCAGAUGCCCGCGGACCCCGCCCUCUUCCACAUGUUUAAAGGAGAGAAGGUCGCACAGCGCAGGGACGAUCUUCAGAACAAUGUUUACUACUUCAAUAAGGAGGGGCAGGUUAUUGCCAAAGUGCCGCAUAAAAGAAAACCCAUUAAUCCAGUUUUCGCGAAAAGAAGCAUUCAAGACAAAUCAACAUACAAAGAGAAAUUAAGAAAAUUAAUAAUCGAUCGCGCGAAAAUGCACGAGAAUAAACUAAGAGAGAAUUAUCUACAGAAACAUCACCUGGAUAAAACAUCCCUAGAGUUCCAUAGAAGCAGCCGGGUAGAGCUACUAGAGAAGUUGGAAACAUUCUUCAGUGCGUUAGGUCAAGACGGGAAGCAAUGCGUUCUUCAUAGACUGUGCAAAGCGGGGCAAGGGUAUACGCAGCAAGGGACCUUCCUACAGGAGAUGUUUAGAACUAUAUUCACAUUACCUAAGGGCUCCUUCGACGAGGAAUACGACGACGCCCACGCCGCGAGCGACUGUGCCGCGUACACGUGCGAACACUUAGGAGAAUCUGGGAAUCUUUGA